AUGGGAACUGAGCAUGAUAACCUGGCAGGCAGAGGCUAUGGCCUCACUGGCAAGGGAACAGUGCCACAGUACCCGAACAGGAAGGGUAGAGCAGGUCCAGUGACAGUAACCAGGGCUCAACCAGCAGAGCAGAUCACCAGAGAAGUUCAUAGUGAUGAGGAAAGUCCAAGGUCAAGCCAGGAAUUUGAGCCUGCAGGCCUUGAAGUAUCUAACUUCCUAUCAGCUAUUGACCUAGAUCUGACAGACAGAGACAGAAAUCAUUCUGUCUUCUUCCUCAAAGCCACUGAUGUGUGGGAUAGUAAAGGCCAGGGGUCCCUGGCAGGAAGCAGGAGGCAGCGUAGCCCCGCCGGCCCCUGCACCGGCAGGAAGUGGAGGGCUGUGGAGCCGGAGGCCGAGUCCCACACAGAGGUGGAGCACCCAGCAAGGCCUGGGAGUCUGGGUUUAACCAGAGUUGCUGCCGCAUUACCGAUUUCUGUCAGUGAGGUGUCAGGAGGAGGAGGAGGAGGAGGCUGGCUGCGCCGGCACUGGCAGGGUGGAGUGGCCCUGACACAGCCCUGCCUGUUCACACCCAGCUGGGCCAAAUCGCAUCUUGAUGAAGGAACAGGAGCCUGGCUCCUACCAGCAGCACUCUGCCUCACACACACGUGUGCGAUUUUACAGCCUGUUCGGAGACUCUCACAUCUGCUGUGGCUGAAGAGAUGUUACAUUUCCUCUUACCACCACACUGCCUCUUCUAAGAGCGGCGAGAGCAGCGUGGUGCCACCCGGGCAGAGCGGCCGCUGGUGCCGGGGCCUGGCAGGCAGGAGCACAGCCCCACAGCGGGGUGGGCGAGGCUGGGCCUGUGGCGAGGGACAGAGCAGGGACCCGCUGCCAGUGUUUGUCAGGUUCAACUCCAGCCAUGGCUUCCCAGUGGAGAUUGGUUCGGACGCCAGCAUCCUCCAGCUGAAGGAGGCGGUUGCCCAGCGACAGGGAGUUCCAGCUGACCAGCUGCGGGUGAUUUUUGCAGGGAGGGAGCUCAGCAAUGACUUGACACUGCAGAACUGUGACCUGGCUCAGCAGAGUAUUGUUCAUAUUCUUCAGAGUCCACAGAAGAACAGUCAGAACAAGGAUGAGACAGAAGGUAACCGUGCUGGAGGUAUUCUGAAAGCCUUGGAAAGAGAACCUGAAAGUCUAACUCGUGUAGAUCUUAGCACCAGCAUCCUCCCAUCACUCUCUGCAGGGUUGGCUGUUAUUCUGGAUACUACAAAACCCAGCAUUUUUCUUCCCUCUGAAAAAUCAGGUGCAGCUAGUUACAACAGCUUUUAUAUUUAUUGCAAAAAUUCCUGCCAAGCUGUGAAACCUGGGAAACUGAGGGUCCGCUGCAGUGUGUGUAAACAAGGAACACUGACAUUAGCAAGGGGUCCAUCUUGCUGGGACGAUGUGCUGAUUCCCAACAGAAUAAGAGGUGUUUGCCAGUCCCAAAGGUGCAACGGAAAUAUAGCGGAGUUUUAUUUUAAAUGUGGAGCACACCCAACCACUGACAGUGAAACAUCUGUGGCUUUGAACCUCAUUACAACAAACAGUCGCUGUAUCACAUGUAUAACAUGCACAGAUAUUAGGAGUCCUGUGCUUGUGUUCCAGUGCGUGCAUCGCCAUGUCAUUUGCCUAGACUGUUUCCAUUUGUACUGUGUGACUAUGCUGAAUGACCGCCAGUUUAUCCAUGACCCAGAGCUUGGCUAUUCCCUCCCUUGUGUAGCUGGCUGUCCAGACUCCUUGAUUAAAGAGCUUCAUCACUUCAGGAUUCUGGGAGAAGAACAGUACAACCGCUAUCAGCGCUAUGGGGCCGAGGAGUGUGUGCUGCAGAUGGGAGGAGUGCUGUGUCCAACUCCCGGCUGUGGAGCAGGUUUGCUUCCUGAAUCAGGAGUGAGGAAAAUUGCAUGUGAACAAGGCAACGGAAUAGGCUGUGGGUUUGUGUUCUGCCGUGAAUGUAAAGAAGAAUACCAUGAAGGGGAAUGCAGCUCUUUCCUCAGCAUGCAGGGAGCCGUGACCCAGAAGGGAUACAUAGUUGAUGAACGUGCAGCCAUGCAAGCUCGAUGGGAAGAGGCAUCUAGAGAAACAAUCAAGAAGACAACCAAGCCAUGCCCCAGCUGCAAUAUUCCAGUAGAAAAAAAUGGUGGCUGCAUGCACAUGAAAUGUCCUCGCCCUCAGUGCAGAUUUGAGUGGUGCUGGAACUGUGGCCUGGAGUGGAACAGAACCUGCAUGGGAGAUCACUGGUUUGACUAGUGGUGCUGAGGCUAGCCCGCCUUGCUGCUAAAGUUUGCUUUCAUCAGGGCCAAAUUCUGAACUCCUUGCUUAAACAAAACUCCCAGUGGUUUCAGGCCCACGGAGUUCCGAAGUUGGCCUGGUUUGCUGGUUUUUGCUUUCUUGUUUUUGCAAUCGUACCAAAAUCACAUUGAAGUUAUGCCAAGGUUUUUAAAUCCACUAAGUAAAAACAGAAACUGUUUUAAUUGCUCAUCGUGGUACAAAGAGGGGUAAAUUACACCUUUCUGAACUUGCGCAGUCUGUCAGCAUGGAGAGCAGACAGGGUUACCAUGAGGAACUUUGCUUGACAUUUAUAGUCAGGAACCCGUAACUCUUGCAAGAGAGAGCAGCCUGCAUAUGUGUGUGUGGUGCGUGAGCAUCAGGUGGGGUGGAGGAUGUUCCCUGCUUCAGCUGCUUUUUCUUUGACCACCCCUUUGCUCAUUCAGCACAAUUUUUGAUUGUGAGGCAGUAUUUCUUAACAGUUUUUUUGGCAGAGGGAAGACUGUGGCUCCUCAGUGUUUUCUCAGGGUUCCUUCCUAACAGACUUUCUGUAGGGGUCUUGCUUUCAAACCAAAUCCUCAUAGAAACAUCCAGUUUUAUGCCAUAUUUGAGCUUGUGUAUGUGAAACAUACAAUGCAAAACCUGCCUAUGUACUCAUUAUAGACUUUGUUACCAUUGGAAGAUUAGCUAAGGAUGCAGUUUCAGCUCUAACUGUGACUGCUGUCGCAGUGGUGACUGGAUCUGAUUAAGUGUUGUGCAAGCUAAACUCACAGGGCUUCGUUUUUCUUGUGCUUACAGCAAUGCUUUGGACAUGGCAAGGGGAGGCAGGAGGAGACUUCUCAGGGGUUUUCUCUAUCAUCAUUCUCCUAAAUUUAAUUAGAAUAUGGGUAUAUUUCUGAAAAUACAUUCACAGAUCAAACAGUGUGGGACAGAGGGACAUCUUUCAUUUUACAGUGUUAAACACAGUAAGUAAAGCUUACUAGCAUUUCCAAGCCUGAAUAAUCUUACUGUUUGGUGUGCUUUGCAUUGCUGUCUUAUUCUGAAAUGAAAUGGGUACUGUCAACAUCCAACAUGCCAUGUAAGGAUUUGCACAGUUCAGUUUUGGAAAAAAACGCACAAUAAAUAAAGUGGUCAAAAU